AUGUGUGCCGAUCAAGUACAAUCUUCGCCAUACGCAUUUUACGCGUAUUAUCAACUUUAUAGAGAGCUGAGUGAAGAUACUCAUUCUCUAGACAUAUCAUUCAAGCGGAUCUGUCAUGACUUGUUUCCAGGAGCGACAGUUGACACUAGCUCUAAAACUUCACUGUUUGUCACUUGGGAGAAAAAAAGGAAACAGAAAGGGAAUGAAUAUGCCCUCAGAGGAUGUAUCGGAACUUUUGCUAGGUUACCGAUCCUUAAAGGUAUAGAAAGGUAUUCUAUAAUUUCUGCAUUGCAAGAUCGAAGAUUUCCACCGAUUACGAAGAAUGAGUUACCUCUUUUGCGAUGUAGCUGUAACAUUCUUCAAAAUUUCGAAACGAUUUAUGAUGGCGAGAGUCAUGGUGGUGACAUUUUUAAUUGGGAACUUGGCGUACAUGGCAUAGAGUUGAUGUUCAAGAAUCCGCAAACGGGCGCGGUUUGCAGUGCGACUUUCCUACCAGAUGUUAUGACAGAGCAAAAUUGGGAUAAGAGAGACACAUUUAUAAAUCUAAUUGAAAAAGCUGGUUUCACUGGUAACCCUGAGGAAUUAUUGGAUAAUUACAAGGAUUAUUUCGUGCAAGUGAUAAAAUAUCAAGGAAACAAAAGCAGAAUUGCGUACAAUGAGUUCAUAGAGUUUUUGAAUAAAUUUGAAUAA